AUGGAUCAAAGAAAGCAGUACUUGAUCACAGAAAUCAUCCUUCUCUGUUUGGUAAACAAGACCAUAGCAUCGUCACAGUCCGACAAGAAGCACUUUGUGCUAGUUCAUGGUUCAUGCCAUGGAGCUUGGUCAUGGUACAAGAUCGUAAACCUAAUGAGGUCAUCUGGUCACAAUGUCACUGCUAUAGACCUAGCUGCUUCUGGUAUUGACCCACAGCAAGCUAAUGAUCUGCACUCGAUUUCCGACUACUUCAAGCCCUUGACGGACUUCAUGGAAGCUCUUCCCCGAAAUGAACGGGUCAUCCUUGUUGGUCAUAGUUCUGGAGGAUUGGCAAUUUCUCAAGCCAUGGAGCUGUUUCCGAGUAAGAUCUCUCUAGCUGUGUUCGUUGCUGCUUUGAUGCCUGGUCCGAACCUCAACAUUUCCACUCUUCAACAAGAGUCAUUUCGGCGAGCAGAUUCUCAAUUAGACAACCGAUAUACAUAUGAUCAAGGCCCAAACAACCCUCCAACAACGUUCAUCUUCGGCCCCCUGUUUUCGGCAACUAGCGUCUACCAACGUUCAUCUAAGGAGGAUUUAGAAUUGGCCACCAUGUUAAUGAGGCCACUACCUUUGUUUAGUGAAGAAGACAUGUCUAAGGAACUAAAGCUAUCCAAGGAGAAAUACGCGUCAGUCAAUCGGGUUUCCAUAAUAGCCGACGAAGAUUUACUUGGAAAGAAAGAUUUUCAACUGUGGGUGAUUAUGAGAAAUCGGCCAAAUCGUGUGGUAGAAAUCAAAGGAUCAGAUCACAUGGUCAUGAUGUCAAAACCAUUGGAGCUUUGGGUGCUACUACAACAACUUGCUAUAAAUUAUUCCUAAUUUAUUAGUUAUAUA